ACUUAAGCCCCCCCCCCCCUCAAAAAAAGUCAAUUUUCGUCAAAAAUUUCGAAAUUGAGAUAAAUGCAUGGGAAGAUAGCCCGUCAUCUGCUCUUUCAUAAACGAUAAUUUGUUUUUCUCGUUACUUCAUUUUUCCCCAAAAAUUUUCAAGAUUUCCGUCAACCCCUAUUCGAAAAACCAGCUGUUUUUUGAAAAAUCAAAAAAUGUUUUUCGGUUUUUCUCGGUUUAUGGUUUUUUUGAUCUUUUGUCCAAGAUUUCUCGGUUCAGGCUCUGUCAAUAUAUUUAAAUUUUUUUUUUGUUUGAAAGAGCGCGUCGAGAUGCAGGGCACUACAGAGUUCUUUUUUUAAUUAAGCUUUGUUUUUUAUUAUAUAUACAGACACUUAUGUGACUGGACACCCAUUUUUGGCGCCUUUUUUGAGUCAUUGAACUUGCGAGCCCCUUUCUCCGCGAAAAAAGUAAGACUUAAAAAAAAAGGACUCUGUGGUGCCCUGCAUCCUGAGAUGCUCUUUCAAACAAAAAAAAAUUUAAAUAUAUUGACAGAGCCCGGACCGAGAAAUCUUGGACAGAAAAUGAGCUAUUUUUGACCCUUGUUUGGUUCAUAUCUCUGUCAAACAUCAGGGUAUCGAGCUGAAAAUUUUACCACAGCCUCCCCACUUCAGCCCCAACAUAUGCUCCGAAUUUCAGCCCAUUUGAACGUACCUGGACUAAGAUCGAUUUUUGAGGGGGGGGGGGGCCUUAAGGAAUUUUACUUGGUACGCUGUAUUCCGCUCAGUGUAAUGACGUAACUCAUUGAAAUAGAUAAAUACAUCUUAUAAAAAUUCAGUGUUUUGGUGUAUUAUCCCAAGUGGAAUGAGAUUGCUACACCAAAUACACUCUAGUCCCUCAACUUCUCGAACAUAGUCAUCAAUUGCGACAAAGUAUGUCAUUACACUUAGGAUAAUACACCGAAUCCACUAAAGUUCUUCAACUAUAAAAAUGCAUAAUUUAUUUAUGGGGUAUUGAGCUCAUUCGGGUGUGUGGGCGUAGUUGGGUGUAAAGUGGUGCGAGUAUCGAUAUUAAUCUUUCUUUCAUUCACACCCACACCUACACCCCAAUAACUAAUGAUGUUUUCUUCAAUGGAUGGUCAACUAUAAUGAUUGAAGAUUUUCAAGAACAUAAAAUAAUUCCUCUAAAUAUUCUUAUGAAUUCUUUAUAUCGAGAUCUUAUCAUUUAUUUAGAUUUUCUAAAUUAAAAAGCUACAUUGGAUGAUUUCAUUAAUCGAUAUUUUAUUAAAUUUCGUUAUCAUGCGAUAAAUAAACAAUUUGAAGAUAAAAUUAAUAAACGUCGUGAAUCAAUCAUUAAACAAUUAACUUUACAAAUUGUUAAAAAUGACAAUGAUGAUCUAUCAUAA